UCGCUCACCAUCUCGCCUCGAUUCUUCCCAUCCACGAUCACUUAAUCCGAACACAAAAUGCUGCAGAUGAUCUUCCUUGGUGAACGCGGUUUUCAUUGUGAGUGAGACUUCUUUUCCUUAUUUUCUUCACCUGGUCUCUGGACUGGCAACCGGGGGUCUGGAGGCCUAUUGUUCUGUCGUCGAGCGCAGGGCCCCCACAUUCCCAGGCCCUCCGCCUCCAUUAAUCCCAAUCCAAACUUCUCUCGCGGGCUUCAGUACCACGCUAACCACGCCUGCGGCUCGGUCGCAGUCGUCAAAGCUAGCUGUUCGGUCUAGGGCCGUUGUGCCUUUCCAGUAUCCCCCCCCCUUCAACUACGCGACCGGUUCUGUCGACCGUUUUGAGUCAGCCAUGUCGACCGGACGCAAGGUCUUCCACUGUGCCGUGGACGAGACGGCGUUAACCACCAAUAUCAGCGAAAUCAAAAAAUGGACCACCAACGGUGCCAUCACUCUCAUCGUUCCACUUUACACCCUCGAACGCCUCCAUGCCUUGAAGAGAGCCGGUUCUCAGGUCGCCAUCAACGCUCGGGAGGCCGUCCGGUUCCUCGACCGUGUCACGUCCGGCAAAGACAACAUUUCCGCCGAGCGGGUUAUUCUGCAAGGCCCGAUGGAGCAGUAUGAGAAUUGGACCGAGGCGGAGAAGUUCUUCCUUCCUGAGUUCGAGGAGGAGCCAGAGGCCACCACCAACGGAGUUCUCCCGGACGAUCAGGUGGCGCAGCGGAAUCGCGAGGAUAAGGCCAAAGACAUGAAGAACGGCGCUGCCCCGGACGAUCUGUCGCAAAUGCUUCUCAACAAGCUGAAUUUCAAGAAAGAGUCCGAUGCCGUUUCGAUCACAUCAAAUGGCACCCACAGUGCUCCUGCAUCACGCGCAUCGACCAGAAGUUCCCGGACCAGCCCGGAGUGCUCGAAUUCCCACGUACUUGCGAACGGAGGAGCUUUCAAGGACGCCAAAAAGAAGCCGGAGAGCGGCCAUCGCCGUUCUGCGUCUGGGUCAACUAUCCCAACAGUGCCAUUGAUGCUCCGACCUCUGCUCAGCGCCCUGCUGUGGCGGUUGCACCACGGCCCUGAUGCGUCCAAUGCAGCAAAGUCCUGUAUCUUGAUUACGAACGACCGACCUACCCAAGUUUGGGCUCAGAAAUUUGGCAUUGGCGUCAAGAACAUUCACCAGUUGCGGACUUCGAUCCAGUACGAAGAGCGAGAAUACAAAAACCGGUGCAAAUAUGUGGAGAAGACUCAGGUUACGGAACCAAAAUCCCUUCUUGCCUACGAGGAUGAAAGCGAUGAGGAUGAGCUUGUGUUUGUUCCCCGUGGACGUGGAAAUGGAGCAUCAAGAGGGGGUGGUUCGCGCGGCGGCGCCCCUCGCAAAGCUGCCACGCUGAAGACUGCCGCCCCGCCCGUGGAGGCGACGAUGGAGAUCCCUACCCAGCCGAUCGACCCCAACUCCUUCAGCCGGUCGCUUGGGGUGGCCAAGCAGCAGCAAAAGCCCACCGUUGAUCUUAGCACCCAGUCCGGGGCCGCACGUGGCAUUGCCGGCGCGUCUCGGAACUAUUCAAACAAUCGUCGGGGGGCAUCUCGGGGUCCUUCUCGUGGUAGCAGCCGGGGUCGUGGCAAGCUCUGGGUUCCUUGAUCCGAUGGUCGAGGUCCGUCGACCCUUUGCCGGUGGACGGACCGAAUAUUUUCAACCUUGAAAUAGACCACUAUGGAUGUCCUGAUCUGCCUUACCCGGGCUGCCUAUGGUCAGACUUUGGUCGGAUUCGACUGUGACUACAUUGAUGGGACGAGCGGAUCCUGGACAGAUGGCAUGGAUGCGAAAUACGGUAGACGAGAGCGAAUCGG